UUUUUGUUUGGAAAAUAAUAUAUUUUGAAAUUGAAAUUGGUGAAGCUAAGUCCAGUUGUUCUUUACAAGUUUUGAAGAUUCAUAACUUUAGGUUGAACAUCAUCAUGCCUGGACCGUGUUGUACUUCUGGAUCACAGUGUCAGGGUGCAAAUUGCAACUGUGUAGAUUGCAAGUGUGGACCUGAUUGUGCCUGCUACAACACCAACAAGGCAAGGCUGGACUCGUGCUGCAGCGCUGGACCUUCGUGCACCAACAGUGAACAUGACGCUUGCUGUAGCAGAGCUCAAGGUUCGAGCACCAGUGUUGCUCAAGAUUCGUGCUGCAACAUCGCUCAAGUCUCAAGUUCAAACAUUGCUCAAAAUCCUGGUUCAAAUGUUGCUGAAGACAAAUAACUCAAUUGAUGGAUUUAUGGUCAAAAAUUUUUAAAUUGAAUUGUGAUCGUAAAUAACUGUUUAUUGUUAAAAUGUUGAAAAAAUUUGUACAAAGAGUUUAAAAA